UCAGUCCCCCUUGAGCUUUAUCUCAGCACUUGAUCAUAUCAUCACAAUGCUUCAAAUUAUCGGAGGCCCUGUCCCUCCGAAUACCGACCAUGCAGUCAGUGUAUCACUUCCCACUUGGAGUGCAAAUGUGGCCUACGAGGAGGGGGAGUCAUGGGUGACAAACAGCAUGCAAUGCGGCUAUCCGCGGUUUUUCAUACAUCCAAUUAUACAAGAGCUGGCGGUUGAGAUAGUGCGUCGUUUUGGCUCCCCAAACUCGGAUACUGCCAUGUUAUUCCCAUCCACAACCACCGCGGAAUUAUGUCGUUCUUUCAUGAAAUCGAGAUUGCCCGUCGAACACCACGGCAGGAUCCGGAUUACGAGUUUUAGUCCCUCCCAUGAAACAGAUGCCGGAUUUCCCACCACAACAUUGUUGUUAUCGUCUGUGAUAUAUCCGAAGGAAUUCGCGCCCAUUGCCAAGCAGGUGUGGCAACACACCGGGAACGGCAUAUCGAGUCGGCGGGGCGAAUUCUGUCUGGGUGCACUGAGAAGUGGCUUUCUCGUUGAGAGAAAAUCCCAAGCGGCAGAUGUAGCGUUACGGAGAAUCUGUAAGGGCCCUCGGAGAUACCAGGGGCGUGAUUCCAUUAGUGGAACAGCACGAACGGAUGGGAACCACAAUCAGCCUCGGGACUUGUCCUCCGUAGGGGAAGCGCAAGAUGGCAAAGAAUAUGUACAAUUCAUUGAAGAGAGGUUUGGACGCAACUUGAACGUCUCGCUUGCUGACCAGGCACGAUUGGCUGUACGUCGAAGAAUAGCAGGAGUUCUGACCGCUGAUGUAGAGCUGAGUGAGGCUCUUCAAGAAACAUCAAGGGAAGGCCGUGUGGCGGGGCUUACGGAAGCAGAUGUUUUCCUUUACCCAACGGGUAUGAGCUCUAUCUUCAACACGCACCAAAUGUUGCUGGCUAGCAGAGGCCAACUGAAAAGCAUAUGUUUCGGGUUCCCUUAUAUUGAUUCACUGAAAAUUCUUCAGAAAUGGGGUCCAGGAUGUUUGUUCUAUGGCAACGGUUCUUCGGAGGAUCUCGACGAUUUGGAAUCACGGCUGCAAGCCGGUGAGCGAUUUCUGGCUUUGUUUACAGAGUUUCCAGGCAAUCCUUUACUGAAGUCUCCGGACCUGAAAAGAAUUCGCCAACUCGCUGAUAAGUAUGACUUUGCGGUCGUGGUAGACGAGACCGUGGGGAACUUCCUGAAUAUCAAUGUUCUCCCUUCUGCAGAUAUCGUGGUUAGCAGUUUGACCAAGAUAUUCAGUGGAGAUAGCAAUGUUAUGGGAGGAAGCGCAGUUCUCAAUCCUCAUGGAUGUUUUUACCAUUCUUUGAGAGAGACUUUUGCUCAUGAAUAUGAGGACAAUGUCUGGGCCGAAGAUGCCGUUUUCCUGGAGCGGAACAGCCGCGAUUUCGCGUCUCGAAUUGAGAAAAUCAAUAAAACCACAGAAAUAAUUGCAGACAUGUUAUUGGAGUCGCCACUGGUCAAACAUGUUUACUAUCCAAAACUCAACCCUUCCAAACCUCUCUAUGACGCAUUCCGCACCCAGAAUGGGGGGUAUGGCGGGCUCUUCUCUGUCACUUUCCAUUCAACUGAGGAAGCAAUCGCUUUCUUUGAUCAACUGGAAGUGCAUAAGGGCCCGAGUCUUGGAACGAAUUUUACAUUGAGCUGUCCAUAUACUUUGUUGGCCCACUAUGGCGAAUUAGAUUGGGCGAAUUCCUUUGGUAUCGAAUUUGGUCUAGUCAGAAUAAGUGUCGGCCUGGAAGAGGAGGCAGAUCUGCGUGAUCGGAUAGAACGGGCUUUGAAAGCGGUGUCUGAGGUCGGAGCAUGAUAUACCAUGGGAAGGAUUUUACUGCAUCAUCUUGAUCCCCGGGAUUCCAGGUUCCAAGGACCGCUGGCCCGCCUCAAGCUUCAGUCAUUUAUUAGGACUGCCUAAUUCAUUGUUGGUUCGUGACAAUAUUCGAGGCGCAAUAUGGAGACUUGCCUUCAGAUAUGGCGGCCCUUCUAUGGUGUAUUUAUGCAGUAUUACAGAUGGAAAAAGCGGUUUCAUCAGCGAAGGAUACUAUAAUCAUGUGCUG